UCACCAUCGUCACCUAGCUGGCCAUAACCAUGUCGACGGACGCUGGAUCUACCCGCAUCCCUAUCCAACGGAAGGACAACUGGGUUCAGGUCACUGAGACCGUGAAGACUUUCGCAACGGAGAGGAUGGAGGCACAUCUGAACUUGCUCAGUACCGAUGGGGAUCAGCGGAAGAACAACGCUUUGAAACGGGAAGUGAGAGAGAGGAUCAAAAGGAUCCUGGAGAACGCUGUGGAGUAUUCGCAUCGAAACCUGCUGGUAAAUGGAGAGCCGUAUGAGGACUGUAAAGAAGCUCCCACCGAACAGUUCGACGAAGGCCUCGAUAGGAAACUCCUAGCCCUCCAAAGGGAACAAGUCGAAUGGUCCUCCGUCAUCGCGGAAAGACGUCGGAAAGCACCGGGGCAAGCGAAGGACUUGGAGGAUAUGUUGGAGAAUAUCAAGGAGAGCUUGGAGUGGGAUGUCGAGAUGGACGAAGAGGGAGCGGGAGAGGGAGAGAGGAAGGAGAAGGAGGGUGGGGAGGAGAUGAUGCUGGAUCCUGAGCGACUCCCGCCUAGGCACGAUGAGACGGUCGACACGUAUAAAAAGACGUUGAUCAACCUGAACGAGGUCUUGAGCAACGCACCGGAGCAGGUAUCACGUGCAGAACGAGCCAAGGCCGUCAGAGAGACGGUCAUGAACCUUCCUAAAUGAGAUCGAGGACCGACCCAUCUAUCAACACCGGCUCCUUGGCCACGUUAUGACUUGAUCGCUUCGCGCUACCUGACGGACUGGGAAUCAUCCUUUCGUCCCCCUCUCAUUCCGCCCCUGGAUCUGGACCUUCUUUCGAUUUCACCUCAAUACCGGAGACGGAUGACGGAUGCCUUUCGACAACCGAUAGGUCCUUCAAGAAGCUCGCAUAUCUCUGUAACACAAACGUCUUUUCAAGCCGAGAACAGCCUUCUCGGUCAUGUGGGUUUGAACCGUUGUAUCCGAUGUAUCAUUAUCUUUCCCUG